AUGGCAUCCAGCGCGCACCUUAGUGAAGUGGCUGUGCCAUUGAGUUCAUGGGGAGAAGCUGGUCACAUGAACAAGCUAGCGCUUCCAAUGACGGACAAUUUUUCCAUCGAAGCGCUGUACGCGCCGAUUAGUAUCGGACUCAUGGGCCACCUCGGUGCGGCCGAUACAAAGCGCCCUCGACACGCUUGCAACCCAAGCGCCGGCAACUACAAAACGAUGGGCGUGUACUUUCAAAGCGCAGUGCUGGGUACAGCUCUGGUGUACCUUUCGUUGGUGCUGCUCAACCUGUACUGCAAACCAGUUCUUGCGGCGCUCGGGUUCAUGCGGUCGUGGCAGACUUUGCGAGUCAGUUCGUGUGGCCCACGACAUCGUGGCCCCAUGACCGUCUUCAGCAAUGCGCUGCACGAGCUGUGCUUGCGGGAUGUCUGA